AGUCAACAAUAGUAUGUCAGACAGUGGUUACCAUGCGCCAGGAAACACAGUGAUCCCAUUGACAACACGACACAAAAAGGCAUUCGAAUACAAAAAUGUGACUGGAUAAGAUAUUUCCUGCCAGCGAGAUAUAUAUAAGACCACCACCACCACCACCACCACCACCGCCUCUGCACAGGAUGGGGGAAUCUGGGGGGCAAGACUCAGCCCUGGCAAGCCUCUUCGGGCCUGAGCAGCCACGGAACAGCAAAAAGGAUAAGAAGAACAGGAAAAUCAACAGAAGGAAAGCAGACAACAAAGAGAAGGACAAGAUGGAUGCCUUUCUCAGCCUGUUUGACCCAACACUGGAGGAUGAGACCCCGAGCGACAUGGAUGAACUAAACAGCAAUGUGAUCCGAGACAACACUUGGCAACAUGAGAGGCGAGGGACCUUAGGGGGCAUUCGGCGGGGUCCCAGUGUGGCCAUCCUGCCUGAUCAGCUUCCCUCAGAACCUCAGGAAGGGAAUAUUGAGUACAAGUUGAAGCUCGUGAAUCCCAACCAUGAGAGAUUUAAACGUCUGGUGUCGCAGAUGCAGUGGAGGUUACGCGAGGGUCUGGGAGAGGCUAUUUACGAGAUUGGCGUGGAAGACUCUGGGUUCCUGCUGGGUCUGACGGAGGAGGAACUAGAGGCGUCCAUGGCCACCCUGCGUCGCAUGGCCUGUCAGCUGGGCGCCUCUCUCACUGUCAUCCGGGAGAAGGUCAUUCAGGGUCACGACGGGCAGACUCGCAAGGCUGCAGAAGUUCUAGUCAGAAAGGUACCUGAUGACCAGUAUAGUAUAGAGCUCCGAGUGGCGGUUCUUGGCAACUCGGACGUGGGCAAAUCGACGCUGCUUGGAGUGCUGACACGAGGGGAGCUGGACAACGGAAGGGGGUGCGCGCGUCUCAAUGUGUUUCGUCACCGCCAUGAAGUCUGCUCUGGGAAAACCUCCUCUAUAUCUUUGCAGCUUAUGGGGUUUGACUCUCAGGGGAACGUCAUUGACCAGACCUGCACUAGGAGCCGAGACUAUGAUGAUGAGGACAUUUGCAGCCAGUCCAUCAAGAUAAUCAACUUUAUUGAUCUCGCCGGAGACCAGAAGUACCUCAAGACAACAGUGUUUGGCCUGUCAGGGUACUCGCCCCACUAUGCUGUGCUGGUGGUGAGUGCCUUCUCUGGUGUGGCUCCCAUGACGGAGGAGCACCUCAGCUUGGCACGGGCCCUUGACGUGCCCAUCGUCAUUGUGGUGACCAAGACAGACAUCGCCUCCCCACAGCAGAUCCAGCGCACCAUCACAGACCUUACCCAGACCCUCACACAGCCGGGAUACAAGCGGGUGCCACUAAUUGUCCAGAACGAGGAUGACGCCAUAACAGCCGGCAGCAACCACUUGGAGGGCAACGUGGUGCCAAUCUUCUGCGCCUCCAGCGUCACCGGGGACGGACUCAGUCUGCUCAAAAAGUUCUUGUUUGUUUUGCCACCACGCAUGAGCAACAAGGAGAGGGAGAAGCUGGAGCAGGAGCCGGCAGAAUUCCAAAUAGACGAAGUUUUCCAUGUGGACAACAGCAUCAUUGUCGGGGGUCUCCUCACCAAGGGCGUCAUUACCCAGGGCACCACACUACUGCUAGGUCCCAUGGAUAACUGUAGCUUUGUGCCAGUAACCAUCGGCUCCCUCCACCGCAACAAGGUGCCGUGCAGGGUGGUGUGUGCGGGACAGUCUGCUUCCUUGUCUCUCGAGGGACCACAGCUGUACCUCCGGAAAGGCAUGAAGUUGAUGAGUGUAGAGGCGCGACCAAGGGCUUGCUUCUAUUUCCAGGCAAGGACUCAGGUUCUGCACCACUCCACCAGCAUCGGUCGAGGUUUCCAGGCAACUGUGCAUAUUGGCAAUGUGAGGCAGACUGCUGUGGUGGAGGGCAUCCUUGGCUCCCGGGGACUCCACACCAACGACAGGGGCUCCGUCAUUUUCCGCUUCCUCCGUCAGCCAGAACUGGUGCAGAAUGGAUCCAGGCUCCUUUUCCGGCAGGGCUCCACCAAGGGCAUUGGGAAGGUGAUCCAGGUGUUUGAGGAGGAGCCAGACAAUGUGGACAUCUACAAUGGCCUUGCUAGAUAGACAGUCCACUGCCGGUAGGACGUGACGUCAACUGGUCUGAGGCCAGGUUAUAUUUAUUUUCUUUGAGAUGAUUGUUUUAUCUUGCUAUGUAUGUGUGCAUGCAUGCAUACAUACAUACAUAGUCUUUAUCUCAGUUAGCCUGUUGAGGACUCAGGUUAUUAGAUUGUAUAUGUUACAUUGUUUGUCAACCUGGUGUGGUCCAUUGUGUGUGUGUGUGUGUGUGUGUGUGUGCGUGUUUGUGUGUGAGUGAGAGUAUGCACACAUGCACAUGCCAGACGCCUGAGGCAGCACACGCCCACACCUGCAGGCUAAGGGGAAGGCAGAGCAGUGUUGUAAGUGCUCCUGGCCUUCCCCACAGUGCCAUACACAGCCUGGUUGUCCUCACCAAUUCUCUCCUGCCCUCACAUCAGAGAAAAUCAGGGUUUUAUUUUUUGUGGAAUGACAAAUUUAUGAUGGAGUUUAGAAUGUGAUGGUAGAGUUGUGGGCGUCUUGGUGGCCCAAGUGUGUGAGGCAGAGAGGAACAGGAUGGGAAGACUGGCUGUUUUGGUUUAUGGCAGGGAAGUGAAAUGUUGAGGCACUGAUUAAGUCAGUAAUUGUGAUGGCAAUGGAUGGACUGCUGAGCCACAUCCAUUCAUUGCAAAUAUGCUGGAUAUUUUUCAGCAGUGAUCUUAUUGCUUUGAAUUUUGGAGAUAAUCACUUUAUGGUGAAUAGAGGAUAUUGCCAAGCACCUCCGUGAGGUGUAUCUUUAUCAGAUGUUACUGUUGUAUAGAUAGCCAUGCACUUAUUUGUCUAAUUGAGAAUUUCUUGUGCAUAAUAAUGUUAAGGACAGCAGUUCUUUCUUUCACAGUUGGUUAUAUUAGUCAUGAAUAGUUUUGUUUACUGUACUGACAGUAUACAACUCCAGUGUCGCACUGUUUAGUAUUUAUCAUGAGCACUAGAGUCACGUCUGUAUUACUAUAUCUUUAAAUGUUCUUUCUAAUGUUUACCUAUUAUUGUAGUGUAGGUUAAUGAUUCAUCAGGAACUUUAAUAUAUUAAGCUUUACAGUGUUACUUGAGUGCAGUGUUCCUGUGAUGCUAAGUGUGUGGACAGGCCUGCUGUAACAGUCACUGAUUCAGUCAGAGACAACACCACAACUUGGACAUCAGAGCCUCUGCCUGACGGAGUCUCUUCAGUCGCUGUGAAAGGAAAGGAACGCCACACACAGCAGUCUGCUCGUGGGGUUCUGGAUGCUGCAAGAUGAUGGAACCUCACUGGAGCUUCCCUCACCACUGAAGGCACUUGGUGAAGCAGAAUGUGAUAGAGGGUAGUUGAGGAAAGAGGUGGUGUCUGCUGCCAUAGGAAUCUCCUUAAUUAAGUUAGUGGUGGUAGUGAGGUGUGUUGAGACCGUGACCCAGUGCUGUGAUGCCAUGCCAUGCCAUGCCAUGCCAUGCCUGUUGCUGCAUCAGGGACGUUCAGUGUGGGAAGGUUUGCUGCCCACCUGCCAUCGGACUUUAUACUUUUCUGAAGCCCAAAUCUUGAAACGCAGAGUUCAAAGUUUUACAAUAAUGUCUUUUUUUGUACAAUACAAUAUUUUACUAAGGAAAUUUGAUAUUAAUUGAAUAAUAAUGAUACUUGUGAAAUAUACUUAAAUUGUAUGUACGUACCAGAAUCUAACUUUUGAAGGCCAUUUGGUGUGGAAAGGAGGAAGAGAAUGAAGGAGAGAAGAUGGAAAUCAUGAGGUGCUGAUGACAAGCACCUCACCUGCCACUUGACAAAGCAACGUUGUACCUGCAUAGUUUUUUGUAAGAAAACUUAGAAGUAUGGAAAUCUUCCCUUAAUUCCUAACUGGUAAGAUCCAUCAUGCUGAUGCUGAGUGAUCAAGUAAAGUGAAGUGAUUGAAGAAUUUCUUGCUGCUGCUGAGACUUGUGUGAAUGGUAGUGGAAAGUGUCCGUCUUGAGAAAAUAUUAAGUUCAUUAAAUUAAGUUGAAAUGCAUACAGAGGCAGUAUGUCUGAUGGAAUGCUGUGCUGGUACCAAUGUCAUCCAAGUUAGAGAAGAAACUUUUCUCUGCGUGAAAAUAUGUCUGAUAAUUGUAAUUCAUUACUGAUAAAAAAUUGACAUAAAUUUGUUACUUGUUGGUGAUGAGGGGAAUUGAAAAGAAGAAAUUUUGUGGAAUAGAAGAGAAGAUAGAAUAGAGAAAAGGAAAAACAUGAGGAUUAGUUAGGAAUGGAGGUGAGUUGAAGUAUGAAGUUUGUAUCGGCAUAUGACAGAAGAUGAGGAAAUGAAAAGGAUAUUGACAUUGAAAUGGAGUGAGAAGACUGGAUCAGUGUAUAAAAUGUGGAAAAGUGGAGGACAGUAAUGCGAAUGAGGGAAAGUUUGGACGUUAAUAAGAAAAGAGCAAGUUUGUGUUGACAUUUGUUCCUGAAGUCCCACCAUUCACUCAUCCUUUCAGUCACUGGUCCUUGGCUCACAGACACCCACACCAUUUGCUGCCAUUUGACCCAUUCGUUGAGGUCAUUCCACUGCUGAUGAUAGUCACCACAUGAGGCAACCUGUGUUAGAAGUGUGUCUGGAAUUAAUCAGUCAGAACCCCCUAUUUGCUGGCCUGGUCUGAGUGCUAACCUUGGAUGCCACAUGUAGAGUAGUGUUAGAGUCUAGCGUGUAAUCGUGAAGUGAGUCUGUCGCGAUGCAUAUUACGUUUUAGUGGUGUCUGAUGGCAGGUGGGUGCAUAACUGUGUCGUCUGUUUUCUUUCAUUAUAGUUUGCAUAUAUUUGGAUACCUGAUGUAUAUACGUAUAUAUAUAUAACAGAAUUUAUUUUUUGAAUGAGAGAUGCCUUAUCACAAUGGUUUAUUAUAUUAAUGAUUGACCUAAGUUUUUGUGCUUUCUGUGUUAGUCUGUGAGAUGGUCCCUCCUAAACACCGGUAAAUAUUGCUUUCAUAUUUACAAUAAAUAUAGGAACAUU